CAUUGCUUCUGUGCCCUCAUCAAACUUGCGUGCUUCUCAAAAUGAUCCCUAAUCGUUCUCCUUUUGAAUCAGUUCAACAUCACCUGAUUGAAGAUGAUCCUUAUUCCUCCACGACUCUCAUGAAUAAUGGCUUCUUCGCGGCGGCCGGCAACCCUACUUCCAACUUGAACUGCUACACGGCUUCGCUGGAUCAUGGUGCUAGUAGCUCUACUGGAUCUGUGGCGCGUGAGGAGAACGCGCCACCUACAUGGAGGAAUCUGAACUACGACGCUGCUUUGCCGGAGGAGGGUGUUAGUGACUCCGGUGGUAUGUCAUUUUCGGGCGGGAAUAAUGACGACGGUAUGAAUUCAGGUGGUUAUGAUGAUGAUAAGGUUACCGGUAAUAACACAGGAUCUGUCGCAUGUGAAAAGAACGCGCCGCCUCGAUUGAGGAAUUACCGAGGCGUGAGGCGGCGGCCAUGGGGUAAGUUCGCAGCGGAGAUCCGGGACCCGAAGAGGAACGGCGCAAGGACAUGGCUCGGAACCUAUGAGAGCGAGGAGGACGCAGCUUUGGCUUAUGAUAGAGCUGCUUUCAAGAUGCAUGGCAGAAAAGCCAAGCUCAAUUUCCCACACCUUAUUGGAUCGGAGUCGCCGCCGGUGCCGGCAAGAGUAGUCAUUGGAGAGAAGCAGCGCAGCUCGCGGGAACCUUCGUCGCCGUCUAACUGUACGGCUGAGGAUGAUGGAUCUCAAGGAUCAAGUAAGAAGAAAAGCCUGGCAGGUCUAUUGAACAAGUUAGCAACAAAUAGAAGUCAUAUCAGAUUCUGAUGACAGUAAAAUUACAAACUAUAUCAUUCAUUUAAAGUACUAUUAUCCAGUUUCGUGCUUGUUCAUUGUCAUGUGCUAGUUUUGAAGGAAGUGUAAAAGAAGAUGAAUAUUUCUAUAAUCUAUAAUAUUCUAAUAAAUAGUAGGGGG